CUGGCUGAGGGCAGCGGCGGUUCGGCCUCCGCGGGGCCGCCCCCGGGCCCGCCCCGCCGCCAGGUGCGGUGCCGCCGCCGCCCGCGGGAUCUGGAAGCGCAGUCACGGCGUGUGCCGGGCAGGGAGGCUCCUGAGGACCGGGCUGGCGCGUGCCGAGCCAGGAUCUCCGCCAUGAGCAAGAUCUCCAAGUUCUUCAAGGGGGGCGGCUCGGCCGCCUCCAAGGGCCGCAGGGGUCCCUCGCCGCAGGAGGCGCUGGCCCGGCUGCGAGAGACGGAGGAGAUGCUCAGCAAGAAGCAGGAGUACCUGGAGACGCGGAUCGAGCGGGAGCUGGCGGUAGCCCGGCAGCACGGCACCAAGAACAAGCGAGCUGCCUUACAAGCGCUGAAGAGAAAAAAGAGAUAUGAGAAACAGUUGAAUCAAAUUGAUGGGACACUUUCGACUAUUGAGUUCCAGAGAGAGGCAUUGGAAAAUUCCCACACCAACACAGAAGUGCUCAAGAAUAUGGGUUAUGCUGCACAAGCGAUGAAAAAAGUACAUGAAAAUAUGGAUUUGAACAAAAUUGAUGAUUUGAUGCAAGAUAUCACUGAACAGCAAGAUGUUGCCCAGGAAAUUUCAGAUGCUAUCUCAAACCGAGCCACCUUUGGUGAUGAGUUUGACGAGGAUGAGUUGAUGGCAGAAUUAGAGGAACUGGAGCAAGAAGAACUGAACAAGGGAAUGAGAGAUGUCAGGUUGCCAAGUGUUCCAUCCACAUCGCUUCCUUCUCGCCCUGCAUCGACCAGGAAACGAGCAGAAGAUGAAGAUGAAAUGAAGAAACUGGCUGCCUGGGCUUCAUAACAGCAUGGUCUUUUUAAAACUCCAAACAUUAUAGUGCAGAAUGUAAAGAGCUGUACUGCUGUUUUACAAUCUCACUGAUUUAGUGUGGUUGCAUUUCAUACAGGCUGGGGUUUUUUAUGGCAUGUCUUGCUGAGACUGGUGUUAACUGCCAUAUUACAAAACUAGCUUAAAAACCAGCAAACAAAAUAAUUAAGUAGUUGCCUAAACCUUCAGGCAUAUAUUUUUUUUCAGCCUUGUCAAGAGAUUUGUUUUAUUAUUAGUAUCAGUUUUUAAUAGGUACUAUCUUACCAUAUCUGUUGGUUUGUAAAACCUGUGUGCCUCACUUAUGCUCAAAGCUGGAUUCGUUUUUGAAAUGCGGAAGUUAAGUAAGUUGUCAGGGCCCUAUAACUAGAGGGUUAUUUGGUUCAGACUAUUUUAAUAUUAGCAAAACAACUUAAUACAUGUCCUCACUUGCAAGUUCUUUGAGCCCAAGAAUUACUAACAAUUCAUUUGGACAUGAAGCUUCAAACAGUCUGCCGGGAGCAACUUACGGUGUCCUAGAUAUUAAGAGGAAGCUCUUCUGUAGGCUUAUUGAAGUGGGAUGUGCUACUUGUUUUGUUUUAACUGGCCACAAUGUCCCAUGCACUUCUCUAAGUCUACUUGAAUUGUAUUUUAGACUAUUUCUGACUAGGUUACAGAAUUACAGUGAUUGAGGAAAGCAAAACACUUAGGUUCUUACAGAUUCUUGCCAAACACUACUGAUUUUCAUUAACCCUGUCAGAAGUCCAGAAGAGAUUUGACCUUCCUGUAUUCUUAUCCUCUUCAUUGUCUUUACUUAGGAUGAGUCUUUACUUAGUAUGAUAAUACUCAUCCUCACAGAAGGAAUUACCAAUACAUUUUUAAUUAUACAAUUUCAAAAUAAUUUUAAUUUCUGAGCAUCUGGUUCUUUUCUCUUACUCAGCUUGUAAAUGGUAAUAGUACCAGUGUGUUGCAUUUGCAGUUGCCUUUUUAAACCCUGGUUAAAAGCUGAUUCUGGGUUACUUGUGAAGCUGGUGUGUUACUGUCCAACUGACAGUGUUUUAGCCUGAGGAGCGCGUGCCACUCUUGAGUGCUAAACUAUUACAUAUAUGGAGGAAUUGCUGUUCAAAUGCAACCCAAAAAUUAAAUAGGCUGCUUUGUACUAAUGAAGUAUUAAACAACUCUUAAGGUCUAUGCUAGUAGCCUGCUGUCAAUCACAAGGAAAUAGUAAGACGCUAUGGAGUUCUUAGGGGUGUAGGAAGCAGAGUCCUUGAUCUAGGUUUCUUGUUUUCAAAUGAAUUUAAAUUUAGUGGUGACUGAACCACCUGGGGAAUAGUGGUGGACUUGGUUUCUGUAGAUCUUCAGCAACAGAAGACUGACCCCUUCUCCUGCAGGCUUUAGCCUGUGAUUUGCUGGGUAUUCAGCUUCAAUAGGUUUCAGUAAAAUAGAAAAUAUUCUAAAUUAUUUCAAACCCAUUUGCUAACCCUUCUGGCUUGAAUCCUGUGUUCAAAGUGUGUAGUUUAUGUAGGUCUCUGAAUUGGAUACAAAACAUAUUAGCACACACUGGGUGCAGGAUCAUGCGAGGCUGGCAGUGCUUCUGGACACUUCUAGUAUUUCUAAAUAUGAAGCCAUGCCUACAUAAUCUCAUGGUUAGUUUGGAAAAGCUGGCUUCCAGGCUCUGUUCUUGGUUGAAUUAGUAGUUUAGCAGUGCUUAGCUCUUAUGCAGCCCUUGGCAUAUUUGGAGUACUCUAUAACCUAAUGGAUCUCUAAGCUUCCAUUUUGAAACUAAAGUGACUUUUAAGUGUACUUUGGAAAAUGUGGGCCUGCUGUUUUUGAAUAAGAACUUUCCAUGUGAACACCCCUCACUGGAGACAAAAAAAUCCUGUAGAGAUCUUCUUUGCUAACCAGUGUUUGACUUCCAGCAAUGUUUUGGCCAAGUGUUGAUCCUGAAGAAGCUUCAGGUGUGUUCAGCUUAUUAAUCUCAGAUCAAGCACUUUAAAAACAAAAUGUUUGAAAGGUGAAGAAAUGAAACUCCAUGUUCAGAUGAGCUGCUCUGAAGGCUUAUGUAUAGUGGCUGGUGAUCCUGAAAGACAGACUCAUGUACCAGUUCAUAGGCCAGGAUGUGAAGUUGGUGAAAUUGUACUCUGGAAUACUGUAGUGAUGUAUAGAAACCAAAAUACACCAUGGACCUCCAUAACUGGAGUGUUUGUUGCCAUAUUUUUUUGGGACACCCAUUUUCUUCAAGGGCAAAGGGGUUGUAGGGAUUUAACUCAGCUGAAGGAGUGGCUCUUUCCUGUGUAAAUUCAGAUAACAGUGGGACAAAUGGCUCUUUCUUCUUUGAACAUAUGCCUCUCUUCACGCCAAGAUGGUAUUUGUUUAGUAUGUAAGUAGUCGAGAGUGAAUAGUGUCAAUGUCUUAUUGUAAAUGUACCCUAUUAACUGGAACAUAUUUUACAGGAGGACUAUGGUAGCAGAUGGUGUACUGUAACUGACUUCCUUCUGGUUGCUUAUUUAUUCUGAGAUUGUUUUUUCUCCUAACAGGCUUAGAAAUUUUUAACCUGGAUAACUUUAAAAAGGGGAAAUAUAUUAAUAAAAAGUGGAACUAAUUAAUAUAUGUAUAUAUAUAUAUAUACACACUGUAAAUAAAUAUUUUGGUGUCA